AUGUACACCUCAAUACCAUUCGCCUCCCUCCUCCUAACAGCAACCCUCUCCCUCCCCACCAUCCUCGCUCACCCCACCACAACACCCUCACCCACCCUCACACCCCGCUCCCAAACCUGCUCCAUCUUCGUCCAACGCUGGAAAUCCAACGGCUUCGACGUAGAGUACUUCUCCGCGCCUCUACUCCCCGACCACACAGGCGACAACCAACACGUCCUCUGGAACCAGGAGAACCUCUACCAAGACACUUCCGUCCCCGGGAGUCAACUUGCAGACUACACCCUGGGUGGCAAGGUGCUUCAUAUCACCAAUGUUGCGAAUCCUGUGGAGGGCGAUCCGAAGGAUGCGGGCAAGUUGAGCUUUGUGUAUGGGGAGGUGAGGUGGGAUAGUUUUUCGGGGGGGACACCGUGUUUUAGUAUGCCUAGGCCGGUGGAGACGCCGGCGGGGUUUCAUGCUGUGGCUUGUGAGUUUGCUUGUGAUUUGUAG